GAGUCCAAUGCAAAUCUUUCUCGUUCUUCCUUAGAAAUGUCGGCAGGGAAAUUUCGGUCGAUGAGUUUAAAACGGUUUAUUCGACGGUCAGAGGUUUUAAAACUCUACAGAGAUAUUCUGAGAACUCUCAAACAGGUCUCCAACGAGGAAUACCGCCAGGAACUGAAGAAAUGGGCGAGACGCGAUUUUGAAAAUAGCAGACAUCAAGAUGACGAGGAAGCUAUCAAGAUGCUACUUACUAAGGGCAGAAUGCAGCUGAAGGAACUAACACGAACUCUCCAACUGUCCAGGUAGAUUUGAACAUCUGAUAGCUUUGACACUGUGUAAACAACAGACAAUGUCUUGCACACAGAGACAUUUCCUCCAACAUUAUUAAGUGAAGACAGGACGUUCCAUUGAAUGUAUGCACUCGGGAGUUGCAAAGAGCCGGUACUGGGAUACGAGGCAAUACAACACCUAAAAGCCAAAUACUUUACCAUUGCUGUACCGAGUUCGCUUGCACGACUGAUAUAAAGUGUAUGCAAUGUAUAGGUGUAAUAAAUAAAAAAACACGUAGUGUUUUGCAUCUUAAAAAUA